UUCAACCACUUUAUGGCCACAAAACAGGCUUCGGAUUUAAGCCAGCUGAGCAGUAAACUGGAGUUUGAUCACCAUGGAAACCAUUUAGUUUUGUUGCCAAAGCAAAUGCUGAAAAAUAGUUAAGAGGAAAAAACCAGUGCAGUUGCAACCCAAAGAUGUUUGUUUAUCUCAGCAAAAAGAUUGCAAUACCCAACAAUGUCAAGCUCAACUGCAUUGCCUGGAACAAGGAGGAGGGCUACAUCGCAGUGGCCGGCACAGAUGGAUUACUUAAGGUCCUCAAAUUGGAUCAGGCUACUCCCAAUGGACAAAGUAAAGGUGGCUUGGCCGCUGUCUCCAAUCUGUCCAUGAACCAAACGCUGGAUGGUCACAAGGAGUCGGUGAGGGUGGUCACAUGGAACGAUGCCCAACAGAAGCUGACUUCUUCGGACACGGACGGAGUGAUCAUGGUGUGGAUGCUGUAUAAGGGAUCUUGGUACGAAGAGAUGACAAAUGACAGGAAGAAGUCCACAGUGGCUAGCAUGAGCUGGACCUCGGAUGGGUCUCGAAUCUGCAUCGUUUACGAAGAUGGGGCCAUUAUAGUGGGUUCUGUUGAUGGCAAUCGGAUCUUUGGCAAGGAGCUUAAGGGCACUCAUCUGACUGGUGUCCAGUGGAGUCCGGAUAAUCGACUGAUCCUGUUUGCUUUGGCAAACGGAGAGUGUCAUCUGUACGACAAUCAAGGGAACUUUGCUAUGAAGCUACAUAUCCAGUGCGUUAGCCUUGUUGGUGGAUCUUCCUCUAAGGCACAUCGCAUAGCCAAUAUUUGCUGGUUCAGUGGAAGAGUUCCCCCAAGCCGCAAGCGUCCGGUGUUGGCCAUUUGCUAUGAGAGCGGAAGGGUGCAGAUCAUGAGGAAUGAAAAUGAUGAUGCUCCUACAAUUUUUGACACUGGGAUGCGGAAUGUGGACGCCAAGUGGAACCAUGACGGCACUGUCCUGGCCAUCUGUGGAACCACUCUGGACGUGGCUACCCCAGCUUCGCAACGUGACUCAAACCAAGUGUGCUUUUACUCGCCGCUGGGAAAGAUGUAUCGCACCCUAAAAGUUCCGGGCACCGACAUCACGUCGCUCAGUUGGGAGGGAAAAUCGCUACGCAUAGCCAUGGCCGUGGACUCAUUCAUUUACUUCGCCAACAUCCGGCCAGAUUACAUUUGGUGCUACUUUGAAAAGACCGUGGUGUUUCUGAACAGCGGAAGUGGCUCAAGGGACUCUCCCAUGAAUGUUAUCACCUUCUGGAACACGGUCUCCAAUCAGAGUUUUCUCAAGGAGGUGGAGCCCACUUUGUGCCUGGCAUCCAGUAGUGAGCACUGCGUCUUGGGAGUGGAGUGCGUUAGUAGUAACAUCAAGGAGAUUGCUCUGAGUACCCUGGAGAAUCGCAGCAAUCCGGCGGAUGACAGGGUCUACCAGUUAUUGCUCUGCAACUCCAUUGGAACCACUGUGGAUUCCAAGUACACGGACAUUAGGCCCUGCUUUGUGGGCAUCAACUCCUGCUAUGUGGCUAUAGCUUCGCAGGAGGAAAUCCUUAUUUGGCAUUACCACACACCAAAGAGUGCUUCUACUCUGCACAAUGUGAAGGCGCGCAAGGAGAAGCGCUUCCACAUCGAUGACACCCCUACCGGAGUCGAAAUGGCCAAGGAUCUGAUGCUCAGUAGCAGCAGUGGCGAUGGUCACUCCACACAGCGGGGAAUCAAUGAUCCCAUCUGUGCACUGGCCCUCUCUGAGAAGUUGCUUCUUGUGGCUAGGGAAUCCGGAGCAAUCAAUGAGUACAGCAUAGCGAAUGUGGCUCUGAGGAACCGGCACUUGAUGAACUCCAAGGUCUACAAGAUGGCCAUAAACUGCAAUUCCACACGUGCUGCUAUCAUCGACCACAUGGGUGUUAUGACCCUGCUCGAUCUGGACGACAACAGGGAAACCCAGCUCAACUUCAGUCGGGUGGAGCGCAAGGAUGUUUGGGCCGUGAGUUGGGCCAAGGACAAUCCUCUGCUUUUAGCUCUGAUGGAGAAGACGCGAAUGUAUAUUUUCCGCGGCAACGAUCCCGAGGAACCCGUCUCCUGCUCCGGCUACAUCUGCACCUUUGAAGACUUGGAGAUCACCAGUGUACUGCUGGACGACAUAAUUAGCGUGGGUGAGCUGCAGAACUCAUCACACCUAAUACAGCUAAGGGUGAAGUCCCUGCGGGAUACCGACGAUCUUUUGGAGCAUGUGGGACUAGAGGAUGCCAAGCAGUUUAUCGAGGACAACCCGCAUCCUAGGCUAUGGCGACUGUUGGCAGAGUCUGCUUUGAAAAAACUGGAACUGGAAACAGCGGAGAACGCCUUCGUGCGAUGUGCCCAUUAUCCGGGCAUCAAGUUGGUCAAGAGGUUGCGCACCAUCCACUCAAACGAGCUGCAGAGGGCGGAGAUAUCGGCCUUCUACGGGGAGUUUGAAGAGGCGGAGAAGCUCUACUUGGAUGCAGAUCGUCGAGACCUUGCCAUAGAGCUGCGCAUGACCCUCUGCGAUUGGUUCCGCGUGGUGCAAUUAUACAGAAUGGGAGGAUCUGGUGUGUCCGACCAACAGAUGGAGAUUGCCUGGAGGGAGAUAGGCCACCACUUUGCCAACUUGCGUUCAUGGGAGAGUGCCAGGGAGUAUUACGAGAAGUCACACUAUAUGGAGGGCUACAUGGAAGCACUCUACCACCUGGAGCAGUUUGACGAUUUGGAAAAGUGCGUGGAACGAUUGCCAGAAAAGAGCCCUCUGCUCCCGAAGCUGGCCGAGAUGCUGGCCUCCGUUGGUAUGUGUUCCGAGGCAGUUCAAGCUCAUCUGCGUUUCGGCGACCAGAAGGCCGCGGUCUCAACGUGCGUGAAUCUCCGACAGUGGGGUGAAGCUGUGGAACUGGCCCAAAGAUUCCAGCUGCCGCAAGUUCAAACCUUGAUAGCCAAGCAUGCAGCUCAGUUGCUCCAAGAGGGUCGUCUCAAGGAGGCUAUUGAGAUGCAACGAAAUGCCGGCCGCCACCUGGAUGCAGCUCGGUUACUUUCCCAAAUGGCCGAGAGGGAGCAAGAGAAGAGGGCUCCGCUUUUGAGGGUCAAGAAACUCUACGUUCUGGCUGCUCUGCUGGCGGAGGAGUACCUUAAAGCGGUGGCCACGCCAGAGAUCGAUUAUGCAAGCGGAAGGAACACGCUACUGGACUCGAUUGCCCUAGAAGAUGCGGCCGCUAUCGAAAGACUAUGGCACUGUUCUGAGGCCUACCACUUUAUGCUCCUAGCCCAGAGGCAGCUGCGCUUUGGGAUCAUCCACAGUGCGGUGGUUACAGCGGUAAGGCUACGAGACUACGAGGAUGUUCUGCCUCCUGAGCACAUUUACAGCUUGUUGGCCCUGGCCAGCUGUGCUGAUCGGGCAUUUGGCACCUGCUCAAAGGCCUUUAUGAAACUGGAGCAACUGGGACACUUGCCGGAGGCAACUCUUCAGAGAUAUGAAGAACUGGCAGGAGGCAUCUUCGCAAAGUACGAUCCGGAGGAUACCGUUGGUGAAAGGGUUGAUUGCUAUUCCUGUGGAGUGGCAGUGCCAGACAGCUCACCCUCCUGCCCGGAGUGCAAUGCACGUUUUCCGGCUUGCAUUUCAUCCGGAAAACCCAUCACCCAGCCCACUAACAAUAUAUGGAUCUGCACCACUUGCCACCACUGUGCUGCUCCCACAGAGAUCUCACGGCACCGCACAUGUCCACUGUGCCACAGUUUAAUUGUAUCAAUGACAGUAGAAAUCUAAAAGUGUAGAAUCUUUAUAAUAU